ACCCUAAACCCCGCGUCCCUUUUCCGCCGCCUCCUCAUCGGCCGCUGCUCUCCCCCUACCUAACCCGGGUCCUCGACCUCCUUCUCCGCCGCUCCCCCAUCUCCUUCUCCGUCCCUUAUCCGAAUCCUCCGUCACGACGCUUUUUUUCCGCGUUUUUCCUUCGUCUUUACUCCUCAUCUCCUUCUCCACACGUAAAUUUAGAUUUCGUCUCUGAUGACGACCUCUCAGUCACAGGCCGUCAAGUCUCUCAAUACGUCCGCCGGCCGGAGGCGCUUUACGUUCAAGAGUUUCUCCCAGCGGGUGGAAGAGAUACAGAUCAAUGUUUUUCAUAGUCUUGACUCCGUUAAAGCUCAACCAUCUGACGGCUCAUCAUUCUUGCGAGAGAGCCUUAUUUACUGGAAGGAAUUGAAUACGGCGGAAGACUUUAUCUCCUUUUAUGAAAACAUGAUGCCAUUUGUUCAGACGCUAUCGCAAGUUAUACUGCACAAGGAAACCAUUAUGACGGAGCUUCUUGAUAAAGUGAAGAUUGAAGCUAUAUUGUCUCUUGAGCCAAUUCUAAGGUUAAUAGCAGCUCUAUCCAGAGAUUUGCUGGAUGAAUUUGUAUUUUUUCUUCCAAGGCUUGUAGAUUCAUUGGUGAUUCUACUAAAAAAUGGUGGCGACCGUGAUCCAGAGGUCAUAGAACAGAUAUUCACUUCUUGGUCAUAUAUCAUGAUGUAUUUGCAGAAGUAUCUUGUAAGGGAUCUUGUUUAUGUCCUCAAAAUUACAGCGGACCUAAGAUAUUUCCCAAAGCACUAUGUCCAAGAAUUCAUGGCUGAGUCAGUUUCAUUCUUGUUGAGGAAUUCAUGCAAAGGGCAACUUCAAAAAGGUGUUAGGAAGGCUAUUAGAGAGGCUGCUAAAACCAAAAGCUCAGAGGAUGCUGAAAGUAAAAGCUCAUCGUCCAUAAAUGGAGUUUCUGCUUUGCUAUGGUAUGCAAUGAGAGGGGUUUCGCUACUACUUCAUUCAAGAGCUGAAACUGUCUGGCAGAUUUUGAUUGACACAUCAACUUUUACUAUGGUUGAAAAAUAUACCAAAGGUUCUAAGGCUCUUUUAGAAGUUACAUCAGGCAUUCUUCGCCAUUUAUGCACUGCAAUUGACCCUAAAGAGUUGGAAGUAAUAUACAAUUGUUUGUUUGAAGAGACAUCUAAGUGCAUCACCAAUCGUUACUUGGAUCAGCUAAAUCACCUGUUGUCUCUUCUUGUUUUUCUUAUUGAUGGGAACAAAAUUAUUGAUGGACCAAAGUUGCUUAAUCUUGUAGAUUCAUUUGUACAAUCGUUUGUUGUACCUUCUAUUGGUGUGAAGGUGGAAUCCGUGACACAUAAGGUUCUUAAGAAAGUCCUGAAAUUGAUGCUGCACCUUCUUGAUAUUCCAUCCAUUUCUGUUGAUAUAUCCAGCAUCUUGCCACUAUAUGUUCCUGCAUUUAAGUUGAACAGCUCUAGCCUCUGCCCUUUUUUAGAUGAACUCAUCCUGAAGGAACCUCAAAUUGUACAGGUAUUCAGAAGCCAUAUAUUAAGUGCCAUGGAUGAUUUAAUUGAAGAUUCUCCUGAAGAAACCUUAUCCUUGAUGUUAACAUUCUUUGCAAAACAGAGCAAAUAUGAGAGCUGUUAUAUUGUUGAAGUUUCUGAAGACAAAGUUCAUAUGUUAUGCAAUUUCUUAAGAGAGAAGAUUGUGUACUGGAUCAAAUUAUUUGGUACUGCAGAGAGCAAUAACCAAUUUUACAAGCAAAUACCUGAAUCUGAAGUGGCCAUCUUAUGGGGAGUAAUCUGUUGUUUUCCUUAUUUUCCAAUUUUGCAUGAGAAAUUUGGACUUUUUAAAGAACUGAUCAAUUCUAUCGAUCAGUUUCUGGAAGCUGAGACUGAUAAAAUAGAAAAUAUGCUGAAAUCUACUUGGCAGGGCAUUCUUGGUGGUGUGUUGAGUUCGUAUCAUAAACUGCUGUUGGUCAAUAAACUUGCCACUUCAGAAGUAAAGACAUUUUUGAAUCUUGCAAAGAAACACAAAUCAUCUCUUCAAGUAUUGUCAUCUGUAGCUGAAUAUUUGGAUUCUAUUUCUGGGACUGAAUUUGAGGAGGAUUCCAGUCUGAAAGCAUUUCAAAAAGUUGAUGAGCAAGAUGCUGUGGACGCAGUUAUCUCAUUAGCAGUCAAUUUGAGUCAUCCAAAUAAGGCCAUUCGCUUGUCCACUUUGAGAAUAUUGUUUCACUAUAGACCACGUGUCGAUGCUCUUCCUUCAAAUGACAUACGCCCUUGUAAGAAGUUAAAAACGGAUCAAUCUGGAGCUAACAAUGAAAUUUCUCAACACACUGAUGUUAUCAAACUUCUCCUUUCAGUUGAGGCGACUCCGUUAUCAAUUUUUACAAGCCGUAAUGCUAUUGUACUUCUGCAAAACUUGCAAAUUAGUCUUUCUUCUGGACGGAUUGGAGAUUCUUAUAUUCCCCUUUUAUUCAAUGGGAUUAUUGGAAUUCUACAUAAUCGUUUUAGCCAAAUAUGGGAAGCUGCACUAGAGUGCCUCGCUACUUUGAUAAGCCAAUACAAGGAACUUGUAUGGAUUUAUUUUGUGCAUUAUCUUGACCUAUCUCAAUCCAAGAUUAUUUCUGAAAAUCCUCAGCUGGAAGCUGUGACUCAGGAACUCAAUGAUGAUAACUCUGACGAUGACAUUGUUGUCAUUGCUCCUGCUUCUGCUGAUUUUUCUUUGGUUAAACGCUUUAAGUUAUAUCUGGCUCCUGCUUUUGAUUGUACGCCUAGUGUGACCAUAAUAACUCUAUUACUUCAUUCGCUUCAAAAGAUUUCAGACAUUGCUGAAUCUAGGUCGCGACAACUUAUACCUUUGUUCUUGAAAUUUUUGGGUUAUGGUGCAAAUGAUAAUUUCAGUUUUGAGUCAUAUGCUGGUCAUGCUUGUCAGAGAAAGGACUGGAAGGUGAUUCUAAAAGAGUGGUUGAACUUACUGGUACGAAUGUGUAAUGCUAAAUCUUUGUAUCAAAGUGCAGUACUCAAGGAAGUUCUGAUGAAAAGGCUUCUAGAUGAUGUUGAUGCAGACAUACAAUUAAAAGUUCUUGAUUGCUUACUGAAUUGGAAGGAUGACUUUCUGAUCUCAUAUGAGAAGCAUCUCAAGAAUUUGAUCAUAUCAAAAAACUUGCGUGAGGGGCUUGCUACGUGGUCUGUUUCGAAAGAGUCACAAUGCAUUCAGGAAGAACAUAGGUGUCAUUUUAUUCCUAUACUCAUCAGAUUGUUAACACCAAAAGUUUGGACACUAAAGACUCUUGGUUCAAGAAAGCAUACAGGUUUAGCUCUUAGAAAAGCAAUUCUAUGUUUCUUGGCCCAGCUUGAAGUUGAUGAGCUUCUGCUUUUUUUCAUGUUACUUUUAAAGCCAUUAUUGCCCAGGCCAAGAGCAAAUGAAGUGCUUGAUGUUCAGACUGCUGAAGCAUCUACAAACAUCACACAUGGAUCUAGCUCCUCCAUCCUUAAUAAAUAUUCAACAUCAAUUCUCGUGGCUGACCUGUCAUGGAAACAGAAAUAUGGUUUUCUACAUGUCAUAGAUGAAAUUCUAAGGAUUUUUGAUGAAGCACACAUCAAGCCAUAUCUCAAUGCAUUGCUCAAGAUUGUUGGCUGGAUAUUAGAGAGCUGCAUGCCAAAUCUUUCAAGUGGAGAUAGUUUGAGUAACUCAAAGAUGACUUCAAAGCAAUUAAAGGACUUGAGAUCCUUAUGCCUAAAAAUUAUUUCUUUUGUGCUUAAUAAGUAUGUGAAUCAUGACUUUGAGUCAGAUUUCUGGGACAUCUUUUUCCGUUCCACGAAGCCUCUGCUAGACAGCUUCAAACAUGAGGGUUCAAGUGGUGAAAGACUAAACCUACUUCUUUCUUGCUUUAUUUCAAUGAGCAAAAGCACCAAACUACUUUCAUUAUUGGAGAGGGAGGCAAAUCUUGUCCCUACAAUUUUUUCAGCGCUAUCUCUAAGCACUGCGUCCGAUGCAAUCAUAUAUCCUGUUCUCGAAUUUAUUGAAAAUUUGUUGAAUCUCGAUAACAGCGAGGAUCAUCUAGAAAAUAAGUCUGUAAAAAAUCUUUUGGUGCCUCAUAUAGAUGUACUUAUCCAAAGUCUUCAUGGGCACUUGCUGUCUCGCAAUGAAGCUUACAGGAAAUCGAUCAAUUGGCCUGGUAAUGCAGAGUCAAGAGUAUUAAAAUUGUUGGCUAGAUAUAUUGUUGAUCCUGUUGUAGCCGGACAAUUUGUGGACAUACUGCUGCCAUGUUUCAAGAAGAAAAACUUAAAUAUUGAUGAUGCUUUGUCAGGUUUACUGGUUCUUAAAGGUACCCUGUCCGUUGUAGGAUCUGAAUCAUAUGAGAAAAUUCUCAAGGCAAUUCUGCCUUUGCUAGUUUCUUCUGGAUUGGAUGUUCGAUUGUGCAUUUGUGAUAUUCUUCAUGGGCUUAAGGAUAUUGAUUCUUCAAUAGCCAGUGUGGCCAAGCUUUUGUGCGACUUAAAUGCUGUUUCUUCCUCGUUACUUGGAGAGCUUGAUUAUGACAGAAGAAUCAGUGCUUAUGAAAAAAUUAAGCCAGGAUUGUUUUCUGAGCUAAAAGUAGAGCAUGUUAUGUUGAUACUUUCACACUGUGUAUAUGAUAUGUCACAUGUCGAAUUAAUUUUUCGACAGAGUGCAUCUAAUGCACUGUUAUCCUUUAUUCAUUUUGCUGCAUCAGUGUUGGAAAACAGUGAGGAUAAUUCCUCAAAGAUGCUGUUGAACAAUGAAACACAGGAAGUCCCAGAAGAUCACAUUCUGAAGAAGGAAGAUAGUCAAAGUAUAUGGACAAAAAAGAGUAUUAAGCAGAUAGUUAAUACAACUUUUCUCUCCAAUGUUGGUGGUGCCUUAAACAAAGAUAUUUCAGUGUUAAGAGAAUGGUUUGCUGUCCUACGGGGUAUGGUAUAUUAUCUAAAUGGAUUACCAUCUUUAAAUCCACUCAAAUCUCUCUACAGUGAGGAUGAUGAAGUAGACUUUUUUAACAAUAUUGUCCACUUACAGAUACAUCGAAGGAAAAGGGCAGUAUUACGUUUUAGAAAUAUCCUGGGUUCAGGGAACUUAACAGAGGACCUUAUCGCCAAAAUCUUCCUUCCACUAUUUUUCAAGAUGUUGCUCGAUCAAGAUGGGAAAGGAUUGGAUUUAGCAAAUGUUUGUUUAGAUACAAUUGCCUCUAUUGCAGGUCAUAUGCAGAGCUGGGAUUCCUAUCGGUCCCUAUUAAUGAAAAGUUUUAAAGAGAUAGCUCAAAAACCAGAUAAACAAAAAGUGUUGUUGCGUUUGAUAUGCGCCAUCCUUGAUAAUUUCCCAUUUUCAAACAAGGAAAUUCCCAAAGCUUUAAAUGAUCAAAGUGAAAUUUCUGCUCCUGAAGCCAAAGCCAAUUUAUCAAAUGUUGAGGCACUGAAGUAUUUGCAAAAUGUAUUCUUUCCACAGAUUCAAAAACUACUGACUUCUGAUACACUAAAUGUCAAUGUGAAUUUCAAUCUUGCCGCUAUCAAAGUACUAAAGUUGCUCCCGGUGGAAAUCAAGGACUCACAUCUUUCAACCAUAAUACACCGCGUAUGCUGUUUUUUAAAGAAUCGCUUGGAAAGCAUACGUGAUGAAGCAAGGUCAGCUCUGGUUGCAUGCUUGAAGGAGCUUGGACUGAAAUACCUGCAGUAUGUAGUCAAAGUUUUGCAAGCAAUAUUGAAAAGAGGAUAUGAGUUGCAUGUGUUGGGUUACACGGUCAACUUCAUAUUAUCGAAGACUCUGGUUAAUAUAGACGCCGGUGAACUUGAUUACUGUCUGGAAGACUUGCUCACUGUAGCUGAGGCUGACAUUCUUGGAGACGUUGCCGAGGAAAAGGAGGUUGAGAAGAUCGCCUCUAAAAUGAAAGAAACAAAGAAGAAAAAGUCAUAUGAGACUCUUGAACUAAUUGCUCAGAGAAUUACCUUCAGGACUCAUGCUAUUAAGUUGCUUUCACCUAUCAGUGCACACCUUCAAAAACAUGUUACACCUAGGGUGAAGGUGAGGCUUCAGACAAUGCUACAACAUAUUGCUCUUGGCAUCGAACGCAACUCUUCAGUCGAAACUUCAGAACUUUUUCAUUUUGUCUAUGAGCUUAUUAAAGGUAGUUUCAGUCCAGAAGGUUCUCAAGGCUAUUGGAUAUCCAACGAAGGGAUACAAAAGACAUCUGUUGGCAAAAUGUCACAGAAAAUGAGUAUUUCAAAUUCUUCCAAACAUGAUUCACAUAACACUCAUCUGAUUGUUGUAUUUGCGCUUGGGUUACUUCUUAAUCAUGUGAAGAAAUUGAUGAAGAUGGAAUUGCUCAAGAAUGAUGAGCAGCUAUUAUCAAUGUUAGACCCCUUUGUAAGCCUAUUGAGCAAUUGCUUAUGUUCCAAAUAUGAAGAUGUUCUGGCUGCUGCUUUCAGGUGUCUUGCUCUGUUGGUGACGAAACCAUUACCAUCUAUUGAAACCCAUGCUGACAAUAUUACAAGUUUGCUCCUAGAAAUUGUCCAAAAAUCUGGAAAUGUUGGAAGUUCACUGGUGCAGUCCUGUCUGAAAGUCCUCACAGUGUUAUUGAGACGCACUAGUAUUUCUCUUACAAAUCGUCAGCUGCAAUUAUUAAUUCACUUUCCAGUUUUUAUGGAUAUCCAAACAAAACCAUCUCCUAUUGCUCUUUCUCUUUUGAAGUCAAUAAUUCACCAAAAGCUUGUUGUCCAUGAAAUAUAUGACAUUGUUGUGCAAGUUGCUGAGUUGAUGGUGGCAAGUCAUUCAGAACCAAUUCGCAAGAAGAGUAAUGAAGUUCUGUUGCAAUUUCUUCUUAAUUACCCUCUGUCUGAUAAGCGUUUGCAACAACAUAUGGAUUUCUUGUUAGCAAAUCUAAGCUAUGAACAUUUGUCUGGAAGAGAAGUUGUGCUACAGACUCUGUAUGAUAUAUUGAAAAAGUUUCCUGCAAGUGUUGUGGACAGUCAGGCACAGUCAUUUUUUCUGCACUUGGUGGUGGCCCUAGCAAAUGAACAAGAUAUCAAACUGCGAGGCAUGAUUUGUGGAGCCAUGAAAGUUCUGUUGGAUCGCAUAAGCCAACAUGUGAUGCAUUCCAUUGUGAGCUACACAAUAUCAUGGUACACAGGUGAAAAGUCACAUUUGUGGAGUGCUUCAGCUGAGGUUCUUAGCUUGUUGGUUCAAGUUAUGAAAAAGGAUUUCUGGUUUAAGAUUGGUAAUAUAUUGCAAGUUAUGAGAGAUAGACUCAAAUCUUCUGCUCAUGCUGCUGGUAGCAGUAAAGAUGACAUUUUGAAAGAUGCUGCAGUUCCUUUAUGGAAGGAAGCGUAUUAUUCACUUAUUUUACUGGACAACAUGCUACAACACUUCCCAGAUUUAUAUUUUGAAGAGAAUGUUCAGGAGAUAUGGAUGAUAAUAUGCAAAUUAAUGCUCCAUCCACACACUUGGGUACGAUGUAUUUCCAGCAGCCUUGUGCACUCUUAUUUCACUACAGUCAAAGAAACCAGUAAACGUGAUGACCAGAAGCUGAAAUCUAGAUCCUAUUUUCUUUUAUGCCCAAGUAGACUUUUUGCUAUUGCUGCAUUAUGUUUGAAUCAGCUGAAGACCCACCUGAUCGAUGAAAAAACAAGCAAUCUCAUAAGGGAGAAUCUUGUAUUUUCAACAUGUGCUCUGCAUUCCAGGCUUGCAAAUACACCAGUACCUCACAAAUAUUGGUCUACCCUUGAUUCCCAUGAGCAGAGCAUCUUUCUCGAGGCUCUUGAAAUUCUUGGUUCAAGAGGCACAAAGGAUGCUUUCUUGUUAUCUACUCCUGCUCGAAGUGAUUCAUUGGAGAAGAUUAAUCAUAUUUAUGAAGACAAGCAAGAUCUCAGGUCAUUGCUUGUUAUACCUCUGUUGAAGAGCAUGGGCAAAAUUUCGAUGCAGAUGAGGGACACACAGAUGCAGGUUAUUUUUGAUUCCUUCACGAUGAUGUUUAAACAGAUCGAUUCAGAAGGUUUGCAGGCAUAUGCUACCUACAUUCUGAUUCCACUAUAUAAAGUUUGCGAAGGAUUCUCUGGGAAGGUCAUCAGUGAUAAAACCAAACAAUUAGCAGGAGUAGUAUGUGAUGCCUUAAGGGAUAAAAUUGGUGUCGAAAACUUUGUGCAUAUCUACAAUGUAUUAAGGCAGAAGUUCAAGGAGAAGAGGGAGAAGAAGAGAAACAUGCAAAAGCAGCUUGCUGUUAUCAAUCCAAUGCGUUUUGCCAAGAGAAAAUUGCAACUGGCUGCCAAACAUACAGUCCACAAGAGGAGAAGGAUAAUGUCAAUGAGGAUGCAACAAGGAAGAAGUUAGUUGUUUUUUGUAUUAUUUGAUUCAAAUCUCACUAGCGCAGUGCUACAUGGCAUAAUUUUUUUUUUCCCUUUUUGUAGUUUUUACUUGAUCUGUAAUUUUAGUUUUGUCACAAAUUAUGUUAGUUCUGAUAGCAUCCAAGUUAUGUUAGUUAUUUUUUUCACAAAUUAGGAGUGUGUUUAGGUUUCUUGUUCAGACACUUGUUGUAAAGCAGGCUCAGCCUAAUUUUGAUCAACAAACCUGGACCCAAUUUCUCCUAAUUUAAUCAGAAAUAUUGAAAAUCA